AUGAAAUUUAUUUCAAUUCUUUUUGCCAUUUUUGCUGUUACAUUUUUAGAUGGACAAGAUUUUAGUAAAAUAGAUUUUCAUAUUUCUACAUUGAAUCGAAAAGCUUGUCCAGCUAGAAAUAUAGGAAAAUAUUGUCUUAGUAUAUUUAAUAAAAAAACUGGUUAUAAAUAUAUAUUUAAAGGAGUUAAAGAAGCUGUUCAAAUAAAAUUUAUAUAUGGUAUAAAUGUUACAAUCAUUUUUGCGGCAUCAAAAACAAAAAAAGAUAAGGAAAAACAAUAUUUUUUGGGAGAAUACUACGAGCCAUAUAAAAAAGGACCUCAUAAAAAUCAUGCAAAAAAAAGAUGUAUUAUAGAAUAUCAUGAUUUAACAACAACAACAACUACUGAAUUGGUUACUACAACGGUAUAUGCUCCAACAACAGAAGAACCGGUUACUACAACAGUAAAUGCUUCAACAACUGAAGGACCGGGAACUACAACAGUAAGUGGCCCAACAACUAAAAAACCGGUUACCACAACAGUAAAUGCUCCAACAACUACAGAAAGACAUUAUACUAAAGAGGAUUUCAAUAAACAAAUUUGGAGAUGGAUAUUGAAUCAUAUUUUUAAUUACAGAGUAAAAAAGCAAGAAUAA